AUGGGCUACGCCAGGAAAGUAGGCUGGGUGACCGCAGGACUGGUGAUUGGGGCUGGCGCCUGCUAUUGCAUUUAUAGACUGACCAGGGGAAGAAAACAGAACAAGGAAAAAAUGGCUGAGGGUGGGUCUGGCGACAUGGAUGAUGUUGGGGACUGUCCUGGAGCCAGGUACAAUGACUGGUCUGAUGAUGAUGAUGACAACAGUGAGAACAAAGGUAUAGUAUGGUACCCACCUUGGGCCCGGAUUGGGACUGAGGCUGGGACCAGAGCUAGGGCCAGGGCAAGGGCCAGGGCUACCCGGGCUCGUCGGGCCGUGCAGAAAAGGGCUUCCCCCAAUUCAGAUGAUACUAUUUUGUCCCCUCAAGAGUUGCAAAAAGUUCUUUGCUUGGUUGAGAUGUCUGAAAAGCCUUAUAUUCUCGAAGCAGCUUUAAUUGCCCUGGGUAACAAUGCUGCUUAUGCAUUUAACAGAGAUAUUAUUCGUGAUCUGGGUGGUCUCCCGAUUGUUGCAAAGAUUCUCAAUACUCGGGAUCCCAUAGUUAAGGAAAAGGCUUUAAUUGUCCUAAAUAACUUGAGUGUGAAUGCUGAAAAUCAGCGCAGGCUUAAGAUAUACAUGAAUCAAGUGUGUGAUGACACAAUCACUUCUCGCUUGAACUCAUCUGUGCAGCUGGCGGGACUAAGAUUGCUUACGAACAUGACUGUUACUAAUGAGUAUCAGCACAUGCUUGCUAAUUCAGCAGGAAAUGAAGAAACCAAAUUUCAGGUUUUGAAACUCCUUUUGAAUUUGGCUGAAAAUCCAGCCAUGACUAGAGAACUGCUCAGGGCCCAAGUACCAUCUUCACUGGGUUCCCUCUUUAAUAAGAAGGAGAACAAAGAGGUGAUGCUUAAACUUCUGGUCAUAUUUGAGAACAUAAAUGACAAUUUUAAAUGGGAGGAAAAUGAACCUACUCAGAAUCAAUUCAGCGAAGGUUCACUGUUUUUCUUUUUAAAAGAAUUUCAAGUGUGUGCUGAUAAGAUUCUGGGGAUAGAAAGCCAUCAUGAUUUUUUGGUGAAAGUAAAAGUUGGAAAAUUCAUGGCCAAACUGACUGAGCAUAUGUUCCCAAAGAGCCAGGAAUAA